UUCAUUUAUUUUCUUUCUUUUUCUUCUUUUUCAUUUUCGGUAGAACACUCCUCUUCAUUCCUUCAAAUUCUCCCGCCAGUACCUCCAUAUCACUAUUUUUCCCCCAUCAUUUUCCGGUAAGACCACCGGAAAAAUCCUUAGGAACCCCUAAGCAUCAUCAUCCUUUUUUUUUAGGUUCUAGCUAAUCUCCUUGGAGCUUGGAGAAUUAGGUUUUUGCGGUUGCGAGGUCAAUGCCCUUUCACUUUGGAUGACGCGUUCUUCCCUGCUACCCAUGGGGGGGAAGAGGUUUUUUGAUUGUGUGUGGGUGAGGCUGCUGCGCAUGGGGCUAAGAGACCACAUGCAAGAGAGGUCCUAUUUGACACACUCUCUCUGCUAUCCAUGGGGGGAGAGAAAAACUUUGAGAGUAUGGGUGAGGCUGCUAUCUAUGGGGCCAAGAGUCUGUAUACUAGAGAGGACAAUAUCAUGCCAGUUGUGAAUGGUAUCUGAUGAAGAAGUUCUCAAUGGUGAAAAUGACUCUCAGGAGGAUACCGAUGGCAUGGAUGAAGAAGGGGAAGGGAUUGUCUUAAUGCGGUAUUCUUGGGAAAGAACUGAUCGAGAUUAUGAAUAUGAAGAGCUUCUUAGUAGAAUGUUCAAUAUCCUCUACGAGAAUAAUCCUGAGCUUGCAGGAGAUAGACGUAGGACAGCUACAAGGCCUCCACAAGUUCUACGAGAAUGCACAAAGAAGACUGUUUGUAAAUUUUAUUGAUUACUGCAAAACGUAUGCUUAAUUUUUGUGGGUUUGAAGUUUUAUAACCUUUCCUUAACGUGUAGUAUUUUAGACAACUAGUUUAAGACAUGUGAUAUGCUGCCUUUUUUUUUUUUUUUUUUUUGUCUAUGGCAAUAUGAAUUAGGAAAUGUUUGCUUCAAGUUUUCGGAGGAAUCAAAUACUUAUUACAAUUUUGUUAUUUUUUUGUCUUGCUUAAGCUGUUAAAUCAAAAUAUAUUGUUACCUAUUAUGCGAUAUUGAGUGUAGUUGUAAAGUAGCAAGAGCAGUUCAUGACGUUCUUACUGGCUGAAAUGGGGACAAGUGGAUCUUUGGAUGGACAACAAUGGUUGGUCUUUAAGGUUAGAUUUGCUCCUAAAAACUUUGAAGGGAUCCUGCAAAGAUACAUAAGUAAGUACAUUUAUUUUAGUUUUGUGAUAUACCUACUUCUUACUUUAGUCUAUCCCUAAUAUCAUAGCAGAUGACACGUCAUAAGUUAUCUAUUUUCAUUAAUUAGCUUCUCCCAUGCAUAUGCUUUUUAUACAUC